UUCCUGGAUGUUGCCUUUGACAAGUCAAAGCCUAUCUUCCUGUACACUAGCUUGACUAAGAAAACCAGCAAUCAGGUGGCACACCAGGCUUGACUAUUCUUCCUCUUGUGUCUCCAUCAAUCCAUAUGCACCAGAAAAUUCGUAUAUUAAUCUGAGACCAUAUUAGCCUUCUUCUUAACUCUAGUACCAGCUUCUGUGCCUGAUCCUGCAUCUGUAAAGCUCUCAUGACGAACUCCGUUGCAUUUCCACGUUCUGUUAUACUCCAAGCAUUAGCAAUCUCCUCCACAGUUUCAGUUUUUCUAACAAAGACUGGAGCGGAAGAUACUCUGGGGCAAGCAGUUUGCCCCUCUUUCUCCUGUGGGCAUCUCCAAGACAUCCACAAUCCUUUUCGAUUGCGAGGGGAUCCACCUGGUUGUGGUGUUCAAGAAUACGAGCUUGUUUGUAGCGAUGACCAGGCUAUAAUUCAAGUCAAUACGGGAAGGUACUUCAUCACCAACAUCUCCUACCCCGACUCUGUUUUCUGGGUUGUUGAUGCCAGUUUGGAUAAUAGCAGCUGCCCUAUUCCUGAGAGGAAUCAACAUCCUUAUAUCCAUAUAUUGAGAUCAGAUUACAUGUUCCUGUUAUAUAUGCGUACGGUUAAAUGGGCUGCCUUUGUCAGUUGUUCACGCAUGAUGAAAGAUAAUCUUAUUUAUAAGCCUGUCGCUUGCCGGAGUACGAACACUUCUUUUGUUUAUGUGUUGAGUACCAUGCAAUCCUAUCAGGUUCAGAAUGUUGAGCCUUCAUGUGGAUACUUGGCCAUGACUCCUUUGGGAAGCUGGGGUCCGGGGCCAAAUGAUUAUUAUUCAACUUAUGAUUAUGAAGAUAUUGUAAAAUUUAUGAGGGAUGGGUUUGCUUUUAGAUUUCCUUUCCCAGCUCCAGAAUGGACAUAUCCUUGGAUCCUCAAGACAUGCCUGAAAAAUUCAAGGAGCGACUUCCACGAACAGAUGUCUAGUUCAAGCAUCCAAAAUAAGAUUUCUGUGAUUUUUGCCAUCGACGUGCGUUUCUUGGGAUGUGUAAAAAACAACUCCUUGUCUGACUACACUAAAUUAUAUUGGGCUGUGUUGGUCAUAGUAUCUGCUAUAAGUAUCAUGAAGCUCAUUAUCGUGUUUGCAGUACUAUCCAGGUUAGUCUUUGCACCGUUGUCUGUAUUGAUCUUCCUUGGCUACAAGUACUGGAAAACAAAGGUAGUAAUUGACGCAGUUGAGAAGUUCCUCCAGAUGCAACUAGCCCUUGGCCCAACAAGGUUCGCUUACACAGACAUCACUGCGAUCACUAGCCACUUCAGAGACAAGCUGGGCCAAGGAGGCUAUGGGUCCGUGUACAAAGGUGUGCUUCCCGGUGACAUCCAUGUUGCCAUCAAAAUGUUGGUCAGUUCCAUGUCCAAUGGAGAAGAAUUCAUCAGUGAGGUGUCCAGCAUCGGAAGCAUUCACCAUGUCAACGUAGUGCGUCUGGUGGGUUUCUGCUCGGAGGAAAUGAGGAGGGCUCUUGUCUAUGAGUACAUGCCUCAUGGAUCUCUUGAGAAGUACAUCUUCUCGCCCGAGAAGAGUUUCUCCUGGGACAAGCUCAAUCAGAUUGCUCUGGGCAUUGCCAGAGGGAUCGACUAUCUGCACCGAGGGUGCGAUAUGCAGAUAUUACAUUUCGACAUCAAGCCUCACAACAUCCUGUUGGACAGUGACUUCACCCCAAAAGUCGCUGACUUUGGACUGGCGAAACUGUACCCCAGGGACAACAGCUUUUUGCCGGUGAGCGCUGCGCGGGGAACAGUUGGCUACAUAGCUCCCGAGAUGGUGUCCCGUAGCUUUGGCGCCAUAUCUUCGAAGUCUGAUGUCUAUAGCUUUGGGAUGUUGUUGCUGGAGAUGGCCGGGGGGCGGAGGAACGUGGACCCACAAGCGUCAAGAAGCCAGACGUACUACCCGUCAUGGGUGUACAAUCAGCUGUCUCGGCAAGAGGUGGGUGGGAUCUCGGAGGCUGUUGGUAUCCAUCAGGUCGAGAGGAAGCUGUGCAUCGUUGCGCUGUGGUGCAUCCAGAUGAAGCCAGACGACCGGCCAGCCAUGAGCGAGGUGCUAGACAUGCUCGAAGCUGGCAUCGAUGGCCUCGAGAUGCCUCCCGAGCCCUUCUUCUGCGGGGACGAGUUCGCCCCUGCUGCAGAUUCUUCAGUAUUAUCAGAGAUAAGUACAUUCCCAGAGUGAAAUAUCUGUACUAUCGUAGUUUUGGACCAAAUUUUAUCCUCUAGCCAUCUCAGGUGCACUCAGCAAGUCAAUAUUUGUGUGCAAUGUGAAGAAGAUACUCUUUUUCUUAAUACGGAGAGAAGACAUCUAAAAUGAUGGUGCAAAUUGUAAAUGUGAACCUGGAGAGAACUGCUUUCUGUAAAAUAAUGCCAUUGAUAAUCCCAUUGGCGCUGUUGUUACUGUUUCUGUACAACAUCGAUCACAUUCAGUUGAA